AUGUGUGCGGUUGAGGCCGUGCACGCGGUCCUCCACUCAGGCCCCGCUUCCCUUAGAGAGAUGGGAGCUGUCAGAAGUCCAGAGGAGACGCCCUUGAUGACAGUGUUAGAGGCAGACUUGCAGAGCCAGCGCCGCCUGGAACAAUCAGCAUCUCAGGACCGCAGGAAGCCUGUGGAGGAGCCCGCGGGGCCGGGCCUGCACCCCCCACCCGCCGAGCGGCCCGAGCCCACCGGCCCGCCGCCCCUGUCCUCGUGGGGGGCUGCCCUCCUGGACAGUCCAUCCUGCGGGGAGAGAGAAGGUGGCUCGGGGGACUGA